GUACAUCAUAAAAUUACUAAAUUAGUAUUGGUAGUGAAGACUGAAGAGUUUGGAGCAUAGUGUUAUAUGCAUUUGGUUUUUCGGAGAAAUCAGUCAAAGCCGAAAACUUGAGAUUUGAGAGAGAACAAUGGAGAGCGGCGCAGUUUUUGCUGGCCUACACCCCAAUCCCACCCCCCACCACCUCCUUCUCGGCCCUGCCCGCAGUGCUAUCAAGCUCCUCCCUCCUCUCACCGACAAGAAAUCUAUCUCUACUCACCUUCUUCCUCUCCCGACAGCCGCCGCAUUCUCUAAGCAAUCGCGUUUCGUUCCUUUCAGUAACCACAAUGGUAACACUGGCAAUUCGCUUCGAGUGGCGUCGCCCGCCAGCGAUGUUGCAUUAGAAUCAGCUGACAUUGAUUGGGACAAUCUUGGUUUCGGGUUUAUGCCCACUGAUUUUAUGUAUAUGAUGAAGUGUUCCCAAGGUGAAACAUUUUCUAAAGGUGAGUUGCAAAGAUUCGGAAACCUUGAGCUGAGCCCGUCUGCUGGUAUUCUGAAUUACGGCCAGGGAUUGUUUGAAGGUCUAAAAGCUUAUAGGAAACAUGAUGGUAAUAUUUUACUAUUUCGUCCCGAGGAAAAUGCGACACGGCUUAGAGAGGGCGCCGUGCGCAUGUGCAUGCCUGCUCCGACUGUAGAUCAGUUCGUGGAGGCUGUAAAAGCCACUGUUUUAGCAAAUGAAAGAUGGAUUCCUCCACCAGGAAAAGGUUCUUUAUAUAUAAGACCAUUGCUUAUGGGGAGCGGAGCUGUUCUAGGUCUUGCACCGGCUCCUGAGUACACUUUUUUGAUUUAUGUUUCACCAGUGGGAAACUAUUUCAAGGAAGGAUUGGCACCAAUUAAUUUAAUUGUGGAGACAGAAAUGCAUCGUGCAACACCUGGUGGUACCGGAGGAGUGAAGACCAUCGGAAACUAUGCUGCAGUUCUACAGGCGCAGAGUGUUGCUAAAGCAAAAGGGUUUUCUGAUGUGUUGUAUUUAGACAGUACUCACAAAAAAUAUUUGGAGGAAGUAUCCUCGUGCAACGUGUUUGUUGUAAAGGGCAAUGUGAUAUCCACUCCUGCGAUAAAAGGUACCAUCCUACCUGGCAUCACCAGGAAGAGCAUACUUGAUGUUGCUAUCAGUCAAGGAUUCCAGGUUGAGGAACGUCAUGUGACAGUGGAUGAUUUGCUUGAAGCUGAUGAAGUUUUCUGCACCGGAACUGCAGUUGUGGUUUCACCUGUCGGUAGCAUAACCUAUCUCAAUAAAAGGGUGACUUACGGAAGUGAAGGAGUGGGGCGUGUGUCGCAACAGCUGUAUUCGGCGCUGACGAGCCUGCAGAUGGGGCUGGCUGAGGAUAAAAUGGGCUGGAUAGUUGAGCUCAAAUAGCCUCCUUUAUUCUCUCUCGUGUUGAAAUUUGACUAUAGUUAUCGUGGUAGACAGUGACUUUGGGAAAGAAGCGUGUUGUGUUGUAAUUUGCACUCUCAUUUACCUUCACCUCCAAACUCAGUCAUGGUUUCAUUUUGCAUCA